AUGCGGGUAUCUGAUGCAUACGGCCCCGUGGCGCAGAGAGAUGCCUCUAUGCGGGUUUAUACAUCUACAACGGUGGCACCGUUGGCCUUCUCGCAGCAGGCAGUGCUGCGCGUCUAUGCGCCGCCGCCUAUUUUGCUGGUAGUCGAUCUCUCGGGCGAUCUGCUGGGGACGAACGACGCACGCGACACCCGUGCACGGCUGUGCACGCCGCUAUCUCCCUCCCCCCUCAAUUCUUUGAAUUCAGCUAUUCCGCCUGAACAGGGGCGAUUCUCACGGAUGAUGCAGGCCAUGCAUAUAACUGCUAUAGAGUCGCAAGUCAGAUACCUCAGGCUGUAUCCUGUCGAUGCUAUUCUCACUCGCAUGGGCGCCUACGACAACAUGGUUCCCAACGCAAGCACGUUCACACUUGAAGUUGAGCUGGAUGAAUGGUGCGGAUUGUCUAUUUCUCUACACGCGAUCCUGCGAGACACUACGCCACAUUCGUUUGUGAUCCUGGAUGGACGGGAUCGCCGUUGCAGGGGCGAGUGGGCCGCAGGAUGGCCCUCAGACUCGGAAUCACCCAUUGGCCGUAUCGUGUUCGUAGGCCGCGUUACACCGGCUGGCGACGCAUACCUUGGCUCUCUCAUUCUUCCGGUGCACUACGGUUCCUUGACCAACGAUUUCGCACAUCACUCCACCGUUCGCAAUGUGCAUAUGGAAACGAUUAUGGAUGAUGAGAAGCGGGAGAGUCCGACGACGGAUGGUUCUGUUGAGAUUUUGCAGCGACGGCACGACACGCCGGACGCCAGCCAACAGCGAUGCCGAGAUUGGCGAUCAGGUGACAGCGCCUCUAUUGCGCCCGUUCUCAAGCUGUCCUUCGGCGCCGGGUUCACGGGGGUUGGCAUGCCCAGAGACCAGCCUGAGGAAUUCACGACAUCAAAUUAUGGCGAUGCCGUAAUGCUCUCUUUAAAGGAAAGGAUAAGACAUGAACAAUAUCUUAGUGAGGAUUGGGUCAAGCACAAAGCAUUACGCGCACAACAGAGCCCUCCGCCUGUGGAAACGGAGAAGACCCCAGCAUUCUCUGAGAUCGUAGCCAACCCUGACUCACCUGUCCCUCCUAUUGACGCCGUGAAUGUGCAAGACUGGCUUCAGGCGGUCGACUGCAGCGAGGAUCAAGACGGCGCGCCAUGUCCGCACGAAGAUGCUGUCUCUGAGCACUUUGACGCCGCCAUCACUACAGAAGAUGAUCGUAUAUCUACGCUCUAUAGCGACACUGACACAGAGUACUCCGACAGCGUCGACAGCGAUAGCGACGCUGAUGACCUCCUCUUUAAUGCUGACAGCGAUGCCGACACUGAUGCCAUCGUUGAGGCCGUUCUUGGUCCAUUUCGCGCUAAAGUUGAUGAUAUUGAUGUCGUGCCUCUCGUCAACUACUCGUUCGAUCUGACCGAAGGAGGAGAAUGCGCUGAUCCCCGUGGGUUUAUUGAGGAAGCAGAGGCAAUGGCCGAGCUCAUCCGGAAAGCACGCAAUGGUACGCUGGGUGACCCCCGGGCGGCAGCACUCGACGGUGUGGUGCUGUUGGCUCAAGAUGUGGCUGAGGGCACUACUACGGAGCCUGGUCUGGUACAUGAUGCGGCUCACACCAAUGUAAACUCCGGCAAUCCUAUCACAGAGCAUCCUUUGAACACUAUGGAGACGGCGGUAGAGCGUUCAAUUGAUAUGCCGCCGGAUUCAUCGCCAGAGAGUAAGGGCGAGACCGCCUUAACGGAGGCGCAGCCAUUCUAG